AUGAAUCUACCCCUAGAUUGCCUGCACCUCCAACUCUACCGAGACCCAAAAGACAGAUACAAGAAGGGCCAAACGAAAGCCUCGCUAUCCCUCCAACAUUUCUUGGGGUUUGAGUCAGGAUUCACAUUGGACAAGGAGUCUAACACCAUAGCAAUCAUCUGCCAGGACGUCAUCGUGGUCUUGGCUUUCGAGACCAGAGAACGGCUGAUAGCCUGGCAGGUGAAGGUCGGAGGGCAGUUGGGGACGUCGAAGGAGUUCCUGGUGAUGAUAGGAGGCGGGGGAAGUAGGAAACUCCCAGCUGGACCCGCGAGGCUGCACAUCCAGGGUCGGAGGUUCGCGCUCACCAGUGGGGUGCCGCCCCGUCUGCUUGGUAUUUGGGAGCUGGCCCAUUUGAGGCGCUACGGCGUGGUAGAGGGACGGUUCUGUUUCGAAGGAGGUUCUCACUGCGGCAAAGGCGAAGGUCUGCACAUGCUCAUCACGGAUCAAGCUCAAGACAUCACCGAUUCAUUCGACCUCGCCGCUCAAGGAACCUUUCUUUACAGAGAACACCGAUGUCACGAAAAGUUUUUUUCUUACAAAGGGAGCAAGACAAGACCCAACACACGCAUGUCUGACUUUAACACAUUUGAUCCAUCAAUUCCGGAUACAUCUAGCGGUUUAUAUGAGGAAAACUUCUUUGGAGAAGACUGCGGGGGAUCAUCAUCCUACUGGCCAUCGGACGAAAGACGAAAUUACGAUAACAACGAUUUUAGAUGCUCCACCGAAAUGGAUAUUGGAAAACCGCCUUGGAGCGGAGCAGAUCACGUCACUUUAGAACGCUGCUACAAUUGUCUCACAAAGCUUGGUGCGAUUUCUCGAUCUUCAACAGUAGCUCUAACUCCUGGCACUACCUUUAACCCAGCUUGGACAAUGGAAGCUGUUCCAGAAAGCAACUCCGAUAAUUCAUCAAACAGUACUGAAUAUUUAACUCCAAGAGCUAUAACAAAAACUAUAGACGCCUGUCACUGUGAAAGACCACCGGUACGGCCACCCAAACCAGCUCAUAUGGAGCAAAAGAAGCCAAUAGCACCUCCUCCCCCACAAAGCUGCAGCUGUAUGAAUGAUAACCAUGUUGUAAAUAACCCGAAAGUCGGUCCCUAUGAAAAUUAUGAUGUUCCUAAAGUCUCACAUGUAGAGGUAGAUAACUCCGAAUACUAUGAUACUCCUAAAAGAAUAAAGCAAGCCCUAGCUGAAGACCUAUUCCAAGUAACUAAAACUUCUACACCAGAUAACCUAGUUCUGAAGAAAAACUGCGGCUGCAUACUAAAAUUCGGUUCAAGAAAAAAACCCGUCAUUGUAGAAUGCGAUGAAAAUCUACAACCAGUCGAAUGUCCAUGUCAAAAAGUAACUAAUUGGGCAAAUAAUUUAAUCAGUCUUCCAUACUGUAAACGAAACGAAAUUAAUGUUGAAGUCACUACAAACGUAAAAGACGAUACAGCAUUAUAUGCCACCGUAGACGUAUCGAGAAAAACAAAUAGACAGAGCGCUGUUACAGAUAAAGACCCUCAAGAAUCUACCAGUGACCCACAGUUUAUAAAUUACCAGAAUAUUACUCCUAAAGAUGAGAAAGAAGGUGAAGACCAUUACGGUAAUUAUGAAAAUCUGGAAUUUGCACUUUCUUUAGAAUACUACGAGAAUGCCAAAGAUUUACUCAGAAAAGCAGGAGUGACACAAAGUGAAUUAGAUGCCUUGAGUGCUAACUUAGACAUUGCCGUCACUACUUUACCAAAGAAAAAACUUUGCACAAAAUGCGGACAUACACAGCUUGGGCAAAAGCAAGAUGCAAAGAAAAACAAAAGCGAUGAAUAUUUACUGAUGGAACCUGCGAAUGACGCCAAACAAGAGUAUUGUAAGGCCAUAGGUCCAAAUCCAGGCUAUACACCGAUGUCGCCAAAUCCUAACUGGUCUCUUAGCCUGAAACAUCCAAUGCACAAAGUCCAUAGAGUAGAAAUAGAAAAAUCAUUAAGCAUUCCCACUCUUAACGGAAGUGAUAGAUCGCACGCUUUAGGCAUAAACAACGAGACACUGCAAAAGAGGUCGAGUUCGGUAGACUCUGCUAGACUUUUAGAAGAUUUGAAAGAAUUUGAUAGUAGCAUUGGAAGUCACGCCACUUCUUCAUCAUUAGAAACUCUAAGGAAUCUGGCUAUCGAAAAUAGAAGAUCCUCUUCGCCCUGUGAAAAUGACAGGGAAUGUUACGAGUGCUGCAAAUCCUCAGGAUCUGAAAAUAAAACUGAGGAGAGCCUUUCAAAAGAGACACCACACUUACGGAACAAACACAUGGAUAAUGCUCAAAUUAAAAGAUCGUCAAGUGUUCCAUGCAAAGGUGGGAAUAGAGACUCUUCAAGUUCAAAUGAUUCUGGUGUUUCAAGUUGUUCUUUAAAGCAUGGCGUUGGGGAAUUCAAUGAGUUUGAAAUGCCAUUAACAUCUGGACAAUCUCGAUACCACUAUAUGAUGCAGAAGAGGAUGAGAGGCAACUUGUCUGGUUGCGUACACUCCUCACUGCCUCGGAAGUCAAAAUCUUCAGAUCCAUUGCGGGAUCUGUCCAUGCAAGUGCACAAAACAAAUGUUCCUGCCAAGUCUUCGUCUGCCGAAGCAGAGGUUCCCGUGUUACCCCGAAACAGUUUAAAG